AUGGGUUUAGUUGUCGGUCUUCUGUGGCUGUUUACCGGCUUCCUGCAGGGCGUGCACUGCCAGGGCGUGUACGCGCCCCCUACAGUGCGCAUCGUGCACUUGGGCCACGCCUGUAACGUGGAGGAGGAGCGCUACAGCGAGCGAGUUUACACCAUCAGAGAGGGAGAGACGCUGGAGCUGCAGUGCCUGGUGACGGGACACCCCCGCCCUCUGAUCCGCUGGACGAAGACGGCAGGCGGCGCCGCAGAUCGUCACGGUGACACCUCGCUGCUUAACGACACGCUGCGAAUCGCCGCCAUCAGCCGCCACCAGGGGGGGCGCUACUACUGCAAGGCCGACAACGGGCUGGGCUCCCCCGCCAUCCGCUCCAUCCGGGUCGACGUCUACUACCUGGACGAGCCGCUCAUCACGGUGCACCAGAGCAUCGGCGAGGCCAAGGAGCAGUUCUACUACGAGCGCACGGUGUUCCUGCGCUGCGUCGCCAACUCCAACCCGCCCGUCCGCUACAGCUGGAGGCGGGGCCGCGACGCGCUGACGCAGGGCUCCGACGCCGGCGUGGAGAUCUACGAGCCCUUCUUCACACAGGGCGAGACGAAGAUCCUGAAGCUGAAGAAUCUUCGUCCUCAGGAUUACGCCGACUACAGCUGCAUCGCCUCCGUCAGGAACGUCUGCGGCAUCGCCGACAAGAGCGCCCACUUCAGCCUGAGCAACCGCACCGCCUCCCCCUCCAUCAAGCUCCUGCUGGACAGCCCCCUGGUGGUGAACCCGGGCGACACCGUCACGCUGGUGUGUGUGGCGUCCGGAGGAGACCCCGCCCCCGCGCUGCGCUGGGUGCGGGCCGAGGGGGCGGAGCUUCCGGCCCGCAGCGUGCUGAACGGCGGCACGCUGACCGUCCCCGCCGUUACCAACGACGACGGCGGCGAGUACAGCUGUGUGGCGAGCAACAACGUGGGAAACCCCGCCAAGAAGUCCACCAACAUCCUGGUCAGAGGUCUGCGUAAGGGGCGGUUCUGGAUCACGCCCGACCCGUACCACAACGACGACCACAUCAAGAUCGGCCGCGAGGUGAAGAUCAGCUGCCAGGUGGAGGCCACGCCCCCCGACGAGCUGCAGUUCGGCUGGCUGAAGAACGGGCGGCCGCUGCGCAGCUCCGAGCGCAUGGUGAUCACACACACCGAGCUGUCGCCGGGGACGACCAACCUCGACAUCAUCGACCUCAAGUUCACCGACUUCGGCACCUACACCUGCGUGGCGUCGCUGAGGAACGGAGGCAUCCCCGAGAUCAGCAUCGACGUCAACAUCUCCUCCACCACAGUUCCCCCGGAGCUGACGGUCCCGAGCGGCAGGUCUCACCUCAUCGCUCAGGAGGGCGACACGGUGGAGCUGCAGUGUUUGGUCUCUGGGAAACCCAAACCCAUCAUCCUGUGGUCGCGGGUGGAGGAGGGCGGGGCCGCGGCGGUGGCGGCGGCGGCGGCGGCGGCCGUGAUGCCGGACGGCUCGGCGCAGAUGGAGAGCUACGACGGCGUCCUGCGCAUCACCAACGUGUCCCGAGAGAUGAGCGGGACGUACCGCUGCCAGACCAGCCAGUACAACGGCUUCAACGUCAAACCCAGAGAGGCCGAGAUCCGGCUGGUGGUGCAGUUCCCUCCCACCGUGGAGCCGUCCUACACGGAGGUGCGUCAGGGUUUGGGCCGGGCCUUCAGCCUGCGCUGCCGGCUGCUGCGCGCCCACCCGGCCCGGCUGCUGCGUUACGAGUGGAAGCUGGGCUCGCGGCUGCUGACGGUGGGCCAGCUGGCCGACACCAGCGACGACACCGACUACCACGUCCGCGCGCUCAACCGCGAGGGCUACGGCGAGUACACCUGCGACAUCACCAACGAGGCCGGGGCGGGACGCUGCACCUUCCUGGUCACAGGGAAGGCGUACGCCCCGGAGUUUUACUACGACACGUACGGCGCCCUGUGGCAGAACCGGCCCAGAGUCUACGGCUUCAAGCUGCAGUGGACGCAGAUGGAGCCGGGCGCCGUCGACCGCAUCGUCGCCUACCGGCUGGGCAUCCGCCAGGUGGGUCAGUCCCGGUGGUGGGAGCAGGAGAUUCCCAUGGAGAUGAACAUCCAGAAGGGGGAGCUGCUCACCUACAACCUGACCGAGCUCAUCAAGCCCGAGUCCUACCUGGUCCGCCUGACGCCCAUCACCCGCUACGGCGAGGGCGACGCCACUGAGCGCAUCAUCACCUACAGCGGUACCGCCCCCCGUGACAUCACCAGCCACCCGUCCAGAUCUAAUGUGAUGUGGGCCCUUUGCAGCUCUAACAGCUCCAGCUGCUCCAGGCUCUCCACAGGUUCAGCAGCAAGCCGCAGAUUAAGUCCCUCCACCGAACAAAGCGAGCGCUUCAUGUGGGCAGACAAACCAAACACAGAGGAGGAGGCCAAGUUCAGAGAGAACGUUUCAUCAGCUCCUCUGUCACUUCUGACAGAUAAACAGAGAAGUCAGGCAGCGCUCGGCUCUCCCACCGGCACGACACGCUGUCAGCCAGAUUACAGCCCCACGCAUCUGCAGCAGCCAGAUUACAGCCCCACGCAUCUGCAGCAGCCAGAUUACAGCCCCACGCAUCUACGGCUGCCAGAUUACAGCCCCACACAUCCGCAGCUGCCAGAUUACAGCCCCACACAUCCACGGCUGCCAGAUUACAGCCCCACACAUCCACGGCUGCCAGAUUACAGCCCCAUGCAUCCACAUCAACCAGAUUACAGCCGCACGCAUCCGCAGCAGCCAGAUUACAGCCCCACGCAUCUACAUCAGACAGAUUACAGCCCCACUCAUCCACAGCUGCCAGAUUACAGCCCCACACAUCCACAGCUGCCAGAUUACAGUCCCACUCAUCUGCAGCAGCCAGAUUACAGCCCCACGCAUCUGCAGCAGCCAGAUUACAGCCCCACGCAUCUACAGCAGACAGAUUACAGCCCCACUCAUCCACAGCUGCCAGAUUACAGCCCCACGCAUCCACAGCUGCCAGAUUACAGUCCCACGCAUCUACAGCUGCCAGAUUACAGUCCCACUCAUCUGCAGCAGCCAGAUUACAGCCCCACGCAUGCACAGCAGCCAGAUUACAGCUGCCGCUCAUAUCCAUUCACACAGAGCAAGACCCUCAGAUUACAGCGGCGGCUGUGUGGACAGGAACAGAGCCGGAGCUGCAGCUUCCUGUCCCAGAUCUGUAGCGCUAACUCAACGCUAGCGCCGCUAACACGCUGUGGCAAGCCGCACUACACCUCUGCCAACCGCCGCAGGUCCAUGUCAGAGCGAGGGGACGUCCCGGAUCAGCCGGCGGGACGCUGGCGGCGGGACGCUGGCGGCGGGACGCAGCCGGCGGGACGCAGCCGGCGGGACGCGUCCGGCUCCAUGUUUGUUCUCAUGACGUCCAAACAGAAAAAGUCAUCAUCCUGA